AUGGCAGCUCCUUACACCCCGGAAUUGAACAAAGUGCACAAUGAAAAGGUUCCGAUUCAAGACUCACUCAUAACCGAGACGUCGGAAAUGCAAGAUGAGACAGCUCGUGUGUGCGAGGGACUGAUUCUCGAAGGCCAGCUGCCGAAUCUCAACCGAUCUGCACACGUUGAAUUUCUUCAGGUUCCCCUCCAGAAUCGGCUACCAGCCAGUUUCACCGGUCUAGACGCUUCUAAACCAUGGAUCAUGUACUGGCCGUUGCAGGGCAUAUCUUUGCUUGAUCCUUUGGCUUUGUCCCCGGCAGACUCUUCACGCGUCUCCGCUUCAGUGUUUGCGUGCAUAUCGCCCACCGAGGGAGGUUUCGGCGGCGGACACGGUCAGAUUGCGCACCUGGCCAGUACUUACGCUGCCCUCAACGCGCUUGCGAUCUCACAGGACAGAGAAGCAUGGAGUGCUCUUGACCGCAAAAAAAUCUAUGGAUAUCUGUUGGCGAUGAAAUGCGAAGAUGGUGGGUUCCGCAUGCAUCAUGGCGGGGAGGAGGAUGUGAGAGCAAUUUAUUGUGCACUAGCUAGUGCGGCCCUUCUCAACAUCAUGACCGAAGAACUGGUGGCUGGAAGUGCAGAGUGGAUAUCGAGAUGCCAGACGUACGAGGGCGGUAUAGGCGGAGCGCCUGAUAAUGAAGCGCACGGUGGAUACGCGUUUUGCGGACUGGCGGCUUUAUGUUUGCUGGGAAAUCCGAUAGAAACAGUCCCGAAAUAUCUCGACUUGGCUAAUUUCAUCCAGUGGCUGUCAGCGCGACAGUAUCAACCGGAGGGUGGGUUUUCGGGACGGAGCAAUAAGCUCGUGGACGGGUGCUACAGCUGGUGGGUCGGCGGAUGCUGGGCCAUUCUGGAGGGAUUGAUGCCAGCGCUGAGGAUGGGGAGCGACGUGAUUUGGAGUAAAGCAGAUUUACAGAAAUACAUACUGUGCUGCUGUCAAAGCGCCAGUGGGGGUCUGCGCGACAAGCCUGGAAAGUCUGCCGACUUUUACCAUUCAUGCUACGUUCUCUCGGGCUUGUCGGUAGUACAGCAUCGGUACAAGAUCUCGCCCCAGAAACGGGAGAGUAAGCUUGGCGAGUGGUCGCUGAUGUGGGAUUACGAAGCCGAGGACGAGAAAGUGGUGAAGGUUGUAGCGGCGAACGCAGUCGGGCCGCUGAACCCAGUGCAUGUCCUGCCAUGGGGAGUCGCGGAGAUGAUGCACGACUUUUAUGCGAAGCAGUAG